AUGACUUCUGAAGAUAUGACACUCGCAGAGAUGAAGGCGGCCUACGACCAGGCCCAAGCGAAGUUGGCCCAAGAAAAAGCAUCUGUUGAGAACCUCCAGAAAGAGCUCGAAUCCGUGAAAAGCACCAGGUACCAGUCGCGGUACAAACCCGGCGCAAAGCCGAAGAAACUGGUAUUCGAGAUGUCCGAUGAGUUCGAGGACCUGUCCAACGACGAAGAGCCCCACGAGGAAGAAGAUGGAGCGACGCCUGACCCUGUGACCAAGCGCCUAAACAAGAUGGAGACCCAUAUGAAAAAGCAGUGUUCGUUGAUGUUGAAAGUGAUGACCAAGCUGCCAGGAGCGCCUACCCCUAAUGGAGACAGAACCAACCGACGGAUACGCAGCAUCACCAUUUUACGAGGCGAUCGCCAUAGUGACAGUCCCGCAUCAGCUUCGACUCCCUGUCUGGACCACCUUUACGACAAAACGUCCGACCCUUACAGGCAUGUCAACGUCUACAAGCAGCGAAUGUGGCAGAUCGGCAUCCCGUACGACCUGGUGGAACCUGUCAUGUGCAAAUCAUUCGGAGGUACCCUCGACGGAGCAGCUCUGGAAUGGCUCAUGAACAUCACCCCUGGAUCCAUAUACUGCCUCUCUGACCUCAUCAACGCUUUCUAUCAUAUAAAAAACUUUGAUGUAAAGACAGCUAUCGAAGCAUUCAAAAGAGGUCUUAUCACCAACUCGGAGUUAUACCGAGAGAUUACCAAAUGUCCCUGCGCAACCUUCGAGGAGGUCAGAUCGAGAGCCACCGCCCAGAUGCGGAUAGAAGACGACGAGAUUACGCGGUUGGCAGCACAACGAUCGACAGGGGGCAGCAGCGAUAGGCGAUCGUACACCCCGAGGAACAACAGCUGGCGACACCAGCCGUACAAUCGCAAAAACCAGGUACAAAAUGUCAAUCAGUAUGAUGAUACUAACAAUGUUUACAGGAAUGAACGGGUCGAUCAUCCCGAAAUCUCCGAAUAUGGCUUCAACGUCGACAUCGGAGGCGUCGUGAACGCCCUUCAAAAUGUAGGUGGAACAGUCAGAUGGCCCCGGAAGAGCGACAGACCAGAUUCCAUGAAAGACAUGAGCAAAUGGUGCGACUUCCACCGCGACAACGGCCACAAAACCGAAGAAUGCAUCUCUCUCAAAAAGGAGGUCGGAUUUCUUCUGAAGCGGGGGCACUUAAAGGAGCUACUGAGCGACAAAGGGAAGGAGACGUACAACAAGGAGAAAACCAUUCAACCCGACCCAACGGCGAGCAGCGAUCGACCGACCCCGCCUACGUUUAACAAAGUGGUAAACGUUAUUUCUGGUGGUUCAGAUAUUUGUGGACUAACCUCUUCUGCAGCUAAAACUAUUAACAGGGGAGAAUCUGGAGCCGUCAAAGAGGGGCAAACCGAGGAUGAGAUCGCACUCGACAAGUCCUUAGCAGCAAUGUCUAUCACCUUCGGCGACUCAGAUUCAGUGGACGCGCAGCAGGAGCAUCACGAUGGAUUGGUAAUAUCGCUCCCAAUAGGCAACGCUCUGAUCAAAAGGAUAUUGAUCGACAAUGGCAGCUCGGCAAACGUGUUGUUCUUAGAGGCCCUACAGGAAAUGGGGCUCGAGGAAAAGAACAUCGUCAGAAGAUCAACGGUCUUGGUAGGGUUCAGUGGAGAGUCGCUGCGAACGGUUGGAGAGAUAUCAUUGCCCAAAUAUGCAGAAGGUGUCAAUAUCAUGACUAAGUUCAACGUCAUUGAUUGCCCAUCAGCAUACAACGUCAUCUUAGGACGACCAUGGAUUCACAAAAUGAAAUCAGUACCAUCGACAUACCACCAAUCAAUCAAAUUCCCAACCAAAUGGGGCGUCAUGGAGAUCAAAGGACAGCAAAGAGACGCAAAGAAGUGUUAUGAAACUGCACUGAAUCCAUCAAAAUCCUCCAUCUAG